GACGCAGAGCAUCAUGGACGAGGCCAAAAAGUACCUUUCAGACCGGCUGCUGAGCGAAGAGGUGCCGGUGACAUAUCGCCUCUUGAGCAGAGCGCUCAACAUCCGGGUCAAUGUCGCCAAACAGAAGCUCUAUGAGUUCUACAAGAGUCAGAAUGCUUCCAAGGUGGGCUCAGUGCAUGCCACCUACCUCAUCUAUGGCUCCAAGGCGCAAGACAGACAGCCAGACUCUGGCGACACCGACAUGGACGGCUCAGCGCCAGAGCAUGAGCCCCUUUCCGACCAUGUGCCCACCAAGACGGUCACUAUCGUGGCCGAGGACAAGCUGAAAGAGGUGCUGGCUGAAUACGAGCAAGUCUCUUCGUUCCACAUCUACAGUCUGGCUCCGUUUCCCCAAAGAGACCUGUCCAUGCUCUCCGACGUGUCAAGAUCGCUCUCCGAAUACAGAAAUGCAGAAGACACGGCAAAGGCAUUCGACACAUACGGCAUCAUCACCAAUCCCCAGGCCCGCAAGCGAGACCGAAAAGGCCGCCCCCAAAUCCCGGCCCCGAGUGCGCCCAAGCCCGUCGCCAAGCAGGAGUCACAGGCGGCCACGCCAAAGCCCAGUCAACCGGAAAAGGCCAAGCCAGAGGCCAAAGAAACCCCAUCUACCUCCGCCGAAGCCACUCCGUCGUCCAGCGCCGGCAAGAAGCCUCCCGCGACGCUAAAGCGCGGCGCCUCCGGGGGAAUCAUGCAGUCCUUUGCCAAGGCGGCGGCGAAGCCUCCCAAGGCGAAGCCGAAGCCUGAGCCUGAGCCCAAAGCCAAGGACGAGGACACCAGCAUGGUUUUGUCUGACGAUGGCGAAGCCGACGAGGAAGAUGUGCUUCCUCCUCUCAAGACUGUCGAUCUAGAGGCUCUGAAGAGGACAAGGAAAGAGCGUGAAGAGGCGCUUUUGCGCAUGAUGCAGGAUCCGGAAGACGAUGUCAAGGAGGCGGCCAAGAAGGAAUACGAGCAAUCAGACGAGGAGAUGGAAGAGGGAUCCGAGCCAGAGCCAGAACCCGAACCUGAACCCGAGCCCGAGCCCGAACAGCAACCAAAGGAAGAAAAGGAGCCUACGGAGGUGGUGUCCAAUUCCAGCAACGGCCGCCGGAGGGGCAAGCGACGGGUCAUGAAGAAGAAGCGCAUACUGGACGACCAGGGAUACAUGGUGACCAUUCAGGAGGCUGCGUGGGAGUCGUUUUCCGAAGACGAGGCUCCUGCACCAACACCAGCAGCUGCAAAAGCAACGCCUACACCAACGCCGGCUUCUUCGACUCAGAAGGCAAAGAAGGGAGCGGCUGGGAAGGGCGGAAGCCAAGGCAGCAUCAUGUCGUUUUUCUCCAAAAAGUAG